CGCCUGUGUCCCUGCCGUUCCCUGUAAAUCAAGAAUCCCUUGUGUUACCGUGCACCAGUAUCUAUCCGUGUGGCCGUGCCUGCCUGUUUAUCUCUCCCCAACAGAACCGUGCGGGGGGCGUGAAAGUUAGCCAAGUGAUACCGCAGCUUCAAAAUCUGCAGGCAGCGUCUUGAAGCCGAGAGGGUGGUCUGCAGGGAAAAGUGAAAACACGAGUGGCAAAAGUUCAAAUUUGUGAAGAGUGAUUUUCCCUGGAUUUAGCUGUUGUUAUUGUCCCUCGGAAAGCUGAGCCCACGGAUGUGUUAAAGCAGGUCAUUCUCCGGGUGCAGAGCAUCACUGCUUCCGGUAUCGUGUUUCUCCUUCUUUCGUAGUGUCGCUGAGGUGAUGCUGAUCAGGAGGGUUGGUGGUGGAGUGCGGAAGUAAAAGAAAACCGAGCGGAAGUGAACAUCCCGCCCCCUGGCCCCAACGGAAAUCUACAGAAGUCGUGAAGGUCGUCGCUCGGUUGUUGGCUUUCGUAAAACUAGAACAGCCGAGUUCGUGUUGGCCGAUGAAGUGAAGUGUUGGCCGUAAAAUAAAGAGCAUCUUAAACAGAAUCUGUGCUAUCCUACCGUCUUGACCUCUGUGCUGUGUUGUCUAGAGCUACAAAAAUUAACGUAGAAUCUCCUUUUAAAAAUGGUGCAAAAGUAUGAAUCUCCUGUUCGGAUCUACAAAUAUCCUUUUGAGCUGGUUGUGGCGGCAUACGAACGCCGGUUCCCGACCUGCCCUCAGAUGCCCAUCGUGCUCGACUGCGAAAUCAUCGAGGACAAGCUGUACGAGAAUGGGGCUCGCCGGGACACGAAACGGCGCUGCAAGAUCGCGGUCGAGGCACCGUACCUGAUCAAAAAGAUCAUCGGCGUCGAUGUGGUGUUCUUCAUCCAGAAGAACUUCCUCGACAUGAAGACGCGCACGCUGAGCAUCGAAGCGACGAACGAGUCCUUUGCGACGCGUGUGGAAAUCUUCGAAAAGUGCCGUUACUAUGCGCACCCGGAAAAUCCGGACUGGACGUGCUUCGACCAGACGGCCACACUGGACAUUAAGAACUUUUUCGGCAUCGAACACUCGAUGGAGAAGAUGGGCAUGAAGCAGUACACGCAGACCACGCUCAAGGGCAAGGAAAUCAUCGAGUAUUUUGUGAACGAACUGAAGCAGGAAGGAGUGACGCACGUGGAACGGUGGGUGGAUGAUGGUAGUGCGCGUGAAAGUGAAACUACCCACGUCCAAUCCAGUGGCCACAGUACGGCGAUUGCCAGCUCCGAAAAGCCACCGUUGCUGCGUGAUAAUUCCAUCCUCGAUGCAGACUACAUCGCCAAGUAUCUUGGGCAGCUUACACCACUACAGGAAUCGAAGCUGGUGCAGUUCCGUAAACGGUUCGAAGAAUCGCCCGACCACCCGGAACUGGACUAUCAGACGUUGCUACGGUUUCUCCGGGCAAGAGACUUCAGCAUCGACAAGGCUACUGUGAUGCUGCAGGAAUCGCUACAGUGGCGCAAGGAACACCGGAUCGACGAUAUUCUCAGCGAAUACAAAAUGCCCGCCGUCGUGGAGAAGUACUUCCCGGGUGGUUGGCAUCAUCACGAUCGGGAUGGGCGGCCACUGUACAUACUGCGGCUCGGUACGAUGGACGUCAAGGGAUUGCUGAAAUCGGUCGGUGAAGAUGAAUUGCUCAAGCUGACACUACACAUAUGCGAAGAGGGUCUGAAACUGAUGAAGGAAGCGACGAAACGGUUUGACAAACCGGUCUGGAACUGGUGCCUACUGGUUGACCUGGACGGGCUAUCGAUGCGGCACCUUUGGCGCCCGGGAGUUAAAGCACUGCUACGGAUCAUCGAAACGGUCGAGAAGAACUACCCGGAAACGAUGGGCCGAGUGUUGAUUGUCCGUGCGCCCCGUGUUUUCCCGGUACUCUGGACCAUCGUCAGUGCAUUUAUUGAUGAGAACACGCGCUCCAAGUUUCUGUUCUUCGGUGGCCCCGAUUGCAUGCACAUGGAGGACGGUAUCGAACAGUACGUGCACACGGACAAGAUACCCAGCUUUCUCGGUGGAUCCUGUACGCCAGACAUACCUACCGUGGCGGAAGCGGUUCCAGCGAAACUGUUCACGCGCUGCUUUCUGAGCGCUUGUCAUUGUACCUUGAUUCACGAGGGAGGGUUAGUGCCGAAGCAUCUUUACAAAUCGGACUCGAUCGAAGAAAGCAACGGUGGUGGUACCGUCCAGACGCACGAUCAUCAUGGGCUGUACAAAUCGGUCGACCUGAAGCCAGGCCAGCUGUUCGAGCUGAUCUUUCGCAAUACCGAUCCAAAAAGUGUGCUCACCUGGGACUUUGAGGUGCUGAAGCAUGACACCCUGUUUACCGUGUACCAUUCGAGCAAGGAUAUCGACCGGAAUGCCAAUGCAGAUAACUUCUGUUCCGUGUUCGACACUUCGGACUUCAAGGAAGGAGUCAAUUACAGUAAAAUAGAGCAGAGCGUUAGAUGUCGGCCAAAGGAAGGAGUACAAGGCUCCCAUGAAAUGGCCAGCACCGGCACGUAUGUACUGCAGUGGAUGUGCCCACCGUCCAGUGAUGGGCCAGCACAAGUGAUGUAUUUCCACGAAACACUCAGCUCAGCCAACUACAAGGGCUCGAUGACUAGUCUGCAGUCGGGAUUCUCCUCCAACAGUCUAAAAUCCCGAUGAUGAGCAACGCAUGAGACUGAACCUAGCGGGGCAGCCGCACCGACAGUUGUUGUUGCUACUACUGCUGCUGCUGUUGUUACUAUCCAAUCAACCUCCUCAUCCCGAGUACCGAGUUCACCGAUUGCUUCGCAUUCUUCGCAAUGACUCAAUUAUGCCUGGACAAUUAAUACGCUGCUAGUGUAUCGGUGCUCGGUACUCGCUAAAGUAACACAAGAAGCUGCAAAACAAUUAAGCUAAACGUUCUCAAUCUUAGAAACGCACCGACUCGAAUGGAAGAAUAAGCAUAAUCAAUUAAGGGGUUGCGCCAGUGGCCAACGACAAAACAAUCUCUCAAUCAACACGGAUCGAUCUCAUAGCUCCACGCAUCAUGCGUGGUAGCAGUAAUCAGACAAGGAGUAUAAAAUCGGAGAUCGGGGAAGAAAGAAUAUCACUUUCCUACGUUUAUGAUCUAGAAAUAAUAUGCUACUUCCCUGCCGUCCCUACCGUUCGGUGUCCCUAAUGAAGUGGACAAUAAUGAAAAAUGUUUUACAUGAAGGUGUGCAUCAUCGUGCUCUAGAGAGAACAUGCAUUGUAUAUAUGGUAGAAUUGAAUGUCCACGCCCCACCCCACGGUCAAGAUAGAUUGAUGGGUAACGCUUUCAUACAACAACACAACAGAUCCAGACGCAGCUUAGUAUGUUCAAUAAUACCCUCACACACGUUACUCAACAAUCGCGAUCGAUAGCGUUUUUACACACCACAACAAUCGGCCAGCCGGAAGGAUGUUCGUGAAAGUCCCUAUUUGUUAAACCAACAUAUACUACUACAGAAACCGGUGGCGUGCGUGAUUUUAUACAAACUGCAGCUACUGUUAGCUCAAAAAAGGGAAAAGUAUAAGCACGAUGGCGUAGUAAUAUUGUAGAUAAUCUAUCCAAACACAGUCGUGGCUAUCGGUGGCAGGAACAUUCGCUUUCAAUAGAAAAGUUGCUUUCUACUGUACAAAGCUUAAUCUCGAUCUUAUCUCAUCACAUGAAAUAGCUCGAAUCGAUAGUGGGGAUACUCGGUGGCGAAAAGUGAUAUGUCAUGUGGGGUGUAAAAAAGUGUAACUUUUAACACAUACUAUUCAAAAUCACUUACAAUCGUUUGAUUUUAGUAGCAUCAUGUUUUUGAAGCAUAUUUAUAAGCAGAACCUCUUCUGAUCAGUAUAUAUAUAUAUAGGUUUCCCUUUGUGCAUCUAGCUUCAUUUUACCCAAUACAUUAAGAGAAUAUAAUUCUAUCUACGUUAACUUGAAUCUUAAAUAGAAAUUUCUAACGUAUCGUAGCGCAUGGCAGCGAAGUUUUUACUUAAUUUAUAAAUAUUCAUCUCAUGUAUCUACCGAUGAUGCCCCUACCCUGGUAAUGAGGAAGAAUGUCGAAGUUGAACAAUCAGCAACAUUAAAACCCAAAUCACAAUGUAGUGCAAGAGUAAAACACAGAAACGUCACAUUUCAAUCAACACGUAUCGCUAGCAGCUUUGGAAUUCAAUCUUUACACGAUGCGCAGCAGAACACCCGUGGCCGUUACGACCCGUGUCCAUCACUGGCAAACAGAGGCACGAGAGUGAGAGUUGUUAUAGUAGACGACGUUAAUUCCAAAAGGAUCGACCGAGGUUGCAAGUGGUUUACGUAAGACAAUUGCAGCUCCGUUUUAUUUAAUUGUACUGGUUUGGUUUGGUGAAAAGUACACUUACCAAACGAGCAACUUACGAUAGUAAUCCGUGUGACCUGAGAGAGGGGCGGUGUAGGAAGGGCAAGCAUUAUAGUGAGAUUAGACGGGGUUUAGGGGGGGCUUUUGCGUAGCAAUGCCGAAAAUGGUAUUGAAAUUUGUUAAAGAUUAGCAGGACGAAGCCGAUUUUGUUCACGUUUUAUUAAUCCGACGGUAGCAUCCUUUUUCACAGCGUGAUUGUGCGAAUGAUAGCGUAUGCGUGUGUGUUUGUUUGUUUGUGUGAUAGCGGCAACCAGUAGAGCGAACCAUUAUCAUACCAACCAUAUAAUCGAAUAUUGCUGGAAGAUGGUCUACACACGGGAUUUAUGUGGUGGGUUUUAAGAGAUUGUCGUGGAAAUGCAAUAGACCUACGAGAUACAUGAAUCAUUUUAUGAAAGUAUUGUAUUUGUCGAAACUAGAAUAAACGACAGCAAAUAAAGAGA